AUGUCUGGAGUAAAGACUCGACUGUCUGGCCUGCUCGGUCAUUUCAACCCAGCUUCGACACCAUCCUUUGAACACCGUCUCAAUAACCACACGCUAUGUCCUACUUUCUUUCUCACUCGUGCUGCUGCCAUUGAACCCAAUGCUGAGGCGAUUCAUCAUGUAACCGCAAACAACAAGGUCCUUCGCAGGAACUACACCGAGCUCGCAGAUCGAGCCAGAGGCAUAGCUUAUUACAUCAAAAAGCACGGGUUUACCAGAGUGGGAAUUCUAUGCCCGAAUACUCCAGCAUUCCUCGAGUCGAUCUUUGGAAUCGCCGCAGCUGGUGCUGUAAACGUCGCUGUCAACUAUCGUCUGAAGCAGGAAGAUAUCUGUUAUAUCUUUGAACAUGGCGACGCAGAUGCGAUCAUCGUGGAUGCGGAAUAUGUCCCUCUUCUGGAAAGCUACCGAUCCCAACACCCUCACAUCCCUAUCAUUGUGGAUACCGAUACUGAUGCAACGGAGGGUGAGCUAACGGGACCCUUCGAUGAGGCUGUUUUGGAAGGCCUCCGGCACGACUUAGAGACCGGUGCACAUGGUUGGGAAGGUCUUGAGAGCCAGGCUGCCGAUGAAGAGGCCGUCAUUGCAUUGGCAUAUACUAGUGGGACUACAGCCCGACCCAAGGGUGUUGAAUUUACUCACCGGGGCUGUUAUCUGGCUACACUGGGAAAUGUAAUCGAGUCUGGUCUGAACUCUCAAGGUGGACGUGCCCGUUAUCUAUGGACGCUGCCCAUGUUUCACGCUAUGGGCUGGACAUUCCCAUGGGCCGUGACAGCUGUGCGUGGCACCCAUUAUUGCCUCCGCAAGAUUGACUACCCAGAAAUCUGGAGGCUGCUGAAAGACGAGCAUAUCACCCAUUUCAACGCUGCGCCAACCGUGAACACCUUGCUAUGCAACGCAAAAGAAGCAGUCAAGUUGCCCAAUCCUGUUCAGGUCACUGUGGCAGCAAGUCCCCCUACGCCUCACCUUUUCGAACAAAUGACCAACCUCAACUUGCACCCUGUACAUGUCUAUGGAAUGACUGAGACAUAUGGCCCGAUCACCAAAGGCUACCUGUUGCCGGAGUGGAACACACUUCCUGUCAAGGAAAAGUAUCAGAAGAUGGCCCGCCAAGGCCAUGGGUUUAUUACAAGUCUUCCUGCCCGGGUGAUCAAGACCGAAGUACCCGAAGGAACUAUCGCCGACGUUAGCAAAGAUGGCAAGGAGAUUGGUGAGAUCGUUUUCAUUGGAAACAUCUGCGCCCGUGGAUACUACAAGGACCCCGAGGCGACCCGGAAACUCUAUGCAGGAGGUGUUCUACACUCUGGAGACUUGGCUGUCUGGCAUCCCGACGGUGCCAUUCAGAUCCUUGACCGUGCGAAGGAUAUAAUCAUCAGUGGUGGCGAGAACAUUUCCUCUGUAGCCCUUGAGUCUAUGCUGGCCACGCAUCCUGACAUUCUGGAAGCCGGUGUUGUUUCUGUCCCUGACGCCCAUUGGGGAGAACGACCCAAAGCCUUUGUCACGGUGAAGGAAGGCAAGAGCCUUGAGGGUCCGGAUGUGAUCAACUGGGCCCGGAACAACAGUGGAAUCAGCAAAUUCAUGAUUCCCCGAGAAGUGGAGGUGGUUCCUGAACUCCCCAAGACCAGCACUGGCAAAAUCCGGAAGAACGUUUUGCGUGACUGGGUUAAGGGAAUCAAAGAAGCUUAG